AGCUUUCGAUUGGACAUAUUUUUGUCACAUGAUUACAAUUGUUGUCAAAAGUUACAAAAGUCACAUGUUUCAAAACUUGUUUAUUAUUUUAUAGCGAAGAUUUGUUUUCGGUGAUAAAAUGUUGACCAUCUUGUCGUUCUUGGGACCAGCUGUUCACAGCCAGCUUAUGAAAUAUGGCAUAUUUGACCCUAAAAGACACAAAGAGACUUAUACAGAUACCUAUGAUUUAUUCGGAUUUAAGCUGGAUAGUUCAACAAAAAGUCGCCUGCAAAACAGCCUCCCUCAUUCUAUACAAGAUACAUAUACGGGAAGUAUAUUGGGCAGCACAUCUAGUGAAACCAAUAAGGAAAGAUGUAAUGGCGUAAAAUCUAUUCUUUCCUCAACAAAAGAUACUGAAGACAUUAAUGUAUUGGAAAAGAAAGUGAGCUUUGCCUCAGAUAUUUGCAUAGUACAUGAAUUUGAACAUGACAAGAACGAGAGAGUUUUAAGUAUGUCAACUCUAGCAUCAAUGGGAUCGGAACUUAUUCCUGAUCAGUAUCUAAUGUUUCCAGAACUGAAUGACAAUAAUAAUAAUCGUGAACCAAAAGCACUUUGUGUUCAGUUCGACGGAAAAACAAUGCUCUGACCACUUUUUUUGCUGACAAUCUAUAGACCAAAAUAGAUUACACAGAAAGAAUACUAGUCAUUGAUUAUAUAAGUUAACCAACAGUCAAAUGAUAAACGGACACACACCCAUUAUAUGUAGUAUGUUAGGAGACUCAGCAUACUAAUGUAAGCUAUUCUAUCAUUAGUAACAGAUGUAUAUACGAUUUUAAAACCUGUACAGUGUACAUUUAGAUGAAAUUAUUGUUGCAACGUAACAACUGAUCUGGAAAUGAAAAGAGCAUACACAAGCCAAGAUUAUGUGACAGUAUAUCAACUUGUACUUUUAGAAAGACAUAGGAUAUGAAACAUUAGAGAAACAACAUCUCUUCGAACUUUGCCAAAGACAAAUAGCUCUAAGUUAUAUAAAUAAAAAAACGAAACAACAGCUCUAAACUACAAGCAAAAGACCAGAAGCUAUAUUAAGAGAGACAACAGCUCUCAACUACGCAACAGACCAGAAGAUAUAGUAAGAAAGAGACAACAGCUCUCAACUAUGCAACAGACCAGAAGCUAUAAAUUAAGAAAGAGCCAAUAGCUCUCAACUACGCAACAUACCAGAAGCUAUAAAUUAAGAAAAAACAACAGCUAUGAACUAUGCAAAAGACCAGAAGCUAUA